AGAGAGAGGGAAGUGGAAGAUAGUUGGAGGGAAAUGGAGAUGGAAAUGAGAGGGAAGGAUGACAUGGAAAUGGGAGAAGACGUAACUCCUUCCCUCCCACCCCUCUCAUUCUCUCUCAACGAUUCCCUCCUCUCCUCUCACUGCUCCGCCUGCUUUUCCCCUCUCCCUCCCCUUUUCCUUCCUCCUUUCCCUCCCACUCUCCUCUACUGCUCCUCACAAUGCUCAAAUUACGAUUCUGCCCUCCACCACUCCAGCGCCGAGUCCCAACUCCUCGACCUCCUCCGUUCUCGCCCCUCUAUUUUCCCCCACUCCGCCGACUCCUCCGACCUCCGCCUCGCCCUCCGCCUCAUCAUCCAAUCCCACUCCGCCGCACGACUUGCCGGGUUGUUGACCAACCGCGAUAAAUUAACGGCUAGUUUUGGCUUCUGCGACGAGAUUCUCCUGAGAAUUUCGGAAGGAGCUAGGGCUAUGGCAUUGGCAAGGAGGAUGAGAGACGGUUUGGAUUUCUCGUCGUCGGAAGACGAGGUUUCGAUCGAGGAUGUUCGUUUGGAGGAGUCGGCGCUUUGCUUGGUGCUAACGAACGCCGUGGAGGUGCAGGAUAAUAAGACUGGGCGCACCCUUGGAGUUGCUUUGUACGGUCAGAACUUCAGCUGGAUCAACCAUAGUUGUUCUCCCAAUGCGUGUUACCGGAUUUUGCUGCCUUCGGAGAUCGAAGCGUCGCCGUUUUCCCCUGAGGAGACUCCAUUGAGAAUUGCCCCCUGCUGUUCCGGAAACGAAGAAACUCAAGUAAUAAAGAGUGGUGUUUGUAGCAGUGAUGUCUUGAAGAAAGAGUUUCAGGUUUGCUAUGGACCAAGAAUGAUAGUUAGGAGCAUUAAGAGGAUAAAGAAAGGGGAGGAAGUGACUGUGGCUUACACUGACUUGUUGCAGCCCAAGGCUAUGAGGCAGUCAGAGUUGUGGUCCAGGUAUCGUUUCAUCUGCUGUUGUAGGCGAUGUAAUGCAUUGCCCCCAACUUUUGUGGAUCGUGCAUUGGAGGAAAUUUCUGUUGUUAAUGUUCAUUCUUCAUGUACCAGUAGUGACUUUGAUAAGGACAAGGCAACUGAUAUGUUGAAUCAGUACAUUGAUGAUGCUAUAACAGAUUAUCUAUCACUUGGUGAUUCUCAAUCUUGUUGUGAGAAGCUGGAGCGCGUUGUUACUCAAGGUCUCUUCGAUGAGCACUUGGAAUGUAAAGGAACAACACCUCAGCCAACUUAUUGGAUGCAUCCUCUUCACCAUCUGUCUUUAAAUGCUUACACAACACUGGCUUCAGCAUACAAAAUCCGCUCAAAUGAUUUAUUAGCUUCAUUAUCUGAAACUAACAAAAAUCUGUAUGAAGCUUUUGAUAUGAGCAGGACUAGUGCAGCGUAUUCAUUACUGCUUGCUGGCGCAACAAACUAUCUGUUUCAAUUUGAACCUUCUCUUAUAGCUUCUGCAGCAAAUUUCUGGGCUAGUGCAGGGGAAUCCUUAUUAGAUUUUGCUAGAAGCUCAAUCUGGAGUGAAUUUUUUCCUGCAUCAAACCUCUCUUCUUUCACAAAAUAUAACUGCCCGAAGUGCUCUUUAAGAGAGAAAGUCAUCCAAAUUAGCAUCAGUCGACACAUAAAGAGAGAAACCAAUCUGUUGCGCGGUCAAGCUCAAUAUUCGGAUUUUGAGAAUAUAUCAAGCCAGUUCCUCAAUUGUAUCACUAAUCUUACAGAGAGAGCUUGGCUUUUUCUUACUCGCAGUUGUCAUCACUUGAAAGUAUUUAAGGAUCCCAUAGACUUCGGUUGGCUGGCUACCAGAAGGUAUGUCGAUUUGUGGGAUAGUCCUAUUCAUUCUAGUGACACCAAUGUGGGUUCUAGCACUGACACCAAGGAAGCUAUUUCUGAAAAUGAAGCUUAGGGAUUUGGCAACCAUGGAAGAAUACAUCUCCUCCAACUUGGCUAUCAUUGCUUACUAUACGGAAGUUAUCUUGGAAGCUUAUGUUUUGGCGAGCAUUCUCAUUUGGUCUGUCAUGUUCAGAAUAUUUUAGAAUGUGAAGAGGAUUCGAAAGAUUACUGUGAGUUAUAACUUAAUGGGCUGAGGGGUCAUAUUAGCACUUUAGCAGGUUUGUUUUUUGUAUCACAAAUCCUCUGAGCCAUGUAGCCAAUCAAACCAAAUGUAUUGUCUGUACAUGCUUGUAAAUAUAGAACAUAUUAGUCGGUU